AUGAUAUCUAUAAUUAAAGAAAAAGAGACUACUGAGGUGCCUACUUGGUUCGUGAUUGUGCUUCAUGGUGUUUUUCAUAAAGAAUUUCAUGUGCUUUGUGUUAGCGAUGAUUUCUUCUCGUGUAGUUGCAUGAUGUUCGAGAGUAAAGGAUUCAUCUGUUCUCAUAUUUUGAGGGUAUUCAAGUUUUUUGAUAUAUUAGAGCUUCCCGAUAAGUACAUAUUAAGUCGGUGGGAACGAAAAACAAGGAGAUUUGAUCAUUCAAAAUCCAAGGAUAUUGGUCAUAAUUUCAUGGAAUGGAACGGGAGAAUGCAUUCAUUGUUUUUGAGAAUGUCAUACCAAGCUUCAAAGAGUGCGGUUGCACGUAGCCUAAUGGAGGACAUGUUUGAACAAAACAUGGACAAAAUCUACGAGGCUUCAAUGAGAGAAGAAAUUUCCAAAGAUGGUGAUAUCUUUAAAAAUGUAGAAAGUUCCAUUGGAAACUUGAAAGGUCUAAAGAUGAAAGAAGGAAAACGGCGAACAAAAAGAAUGAAGCCCUUACAUGAGGUUCGAAAGAAGAAAACCAAGAAAUUUAAUGUGCAAGUUGAAGAGAUCAAAUCUAAUGGCUACAAAUUCACAGCAGAGUUACUGUUUCAGGAAGAGCUUGAUGAACCACGAGUGGAGGCGGACGCCAUCGGAGGAAGUGAGCCAGACAUCCUCGUAGAGGAGGCGGAGCCUGGCGGGGGUGAUUACGUAGGAUCUGGCGAGCCCGGGCAAGACCGGAACGUAGACGAGCUUCUCCUGAAAGGCGACAAGCAACGCCAUGCCGGCCACCGCAAUCCCGCCAGCACCUUACACGGGGAUACAGGCCUAUUGAUGACGGGGCUUGAGAUUAGGGCUUUCAAGCGAAAUUCUGAAAGAGGGGAAGAUGAGAACGAAAGGACGGGAGAAGCGAAGAAGAAGGAGAAACCAAUUGGAGAGUUCAUAUCCAACGGAGCUCACCCAAUGGAAGAUGGCCUUCUUAAUGAGCUCUCUCCCUUUACUUUAUCGCCAGUUUCUGCUUGCUCCGCACAUGCUACAUCUCGGCCUUUCAUUGAUAUUCUUUGA